AUGGACACCUCGCUAGUGCCGUCUGCGUUUUCGCUUCUGAAAUCCCCCAAAAGCUUAUCCAGCCAAUUUGAGUCAGGCUCCAUCGUAACGAUACCCGACAAUGCGAGAAUUGGGGACCUGCCGCAGGCCGUAUGGCGGAACAAGCGAUAUGUCUUGGAGGAGUCUUUAUCGCGGAAAGGCUCCAAAGGCAGGAAGAGCUGGAUCAAACUCCACGGGCUGUUCGUUGUUGAGCUUGAUGCCAAUGACAGCCCGCUAAAUGCGUCCUGGGUUUGCCGUCUUUGCGACGCAAAGGGCCAGGCAGUGUUCUUCGCAGCGAGCGCCACUACGUCCGCUGCUGAUCAACUUCGCAAACACAGAACACAUAGAGUUUUUGAGGGUAGCCCCGUCGCAGACAGCGACCCAUCGACCGACGAAUCUGACCGGGCCAAACGACCGCGUCUACACUACAGCGCUGUGCCAAAAGCCAGGAUCAACAUCGUGCGGGAGCUCAGCGUGGGCCUCAUCGUCAAUGCCGAUUUACCCUUCUCUGUCUUCACGAAUCCAUACUUUGAGCAACUCGUCUGGCAACUCGAUCCCCAAGGCGCUGGUCAGGUACCAUGGAGCCGACAUCUGACUGAUGUCUACCAUGCUAAGAAGAACGCUGUCGGACAAGAGCUCAGCAAUGCGCUCACCAAAAUCCAUCUAGGGUUUGACCUUUGGACAUCGCCUAAUCGUUAUGCUAUCAUGGCCGUGACAGCACACUUUCUCGAUCGGCAGGGCAGUCAUCAGACGCGCCUGCUUGCGCUACGUCGUCAGCUCGGAUGCCACAGUGGCGAGAACUUGGCCUGCACUCUUCUUGAAAUUGUCAGAGAGUGGGGGCUAGAGGAUCAGGUCGGAGUUGUUGUAUCUGAUAACGCCGCGACCAAUGAUACAUGCGUUCAAAACUUUUACCAAAAUUUCGAUCCGAGUAUGAAACCAACAGAUGUACGUGCCAGGCGCAUGCGCUGUUACGGCCAUGUUUUGAACUUGGUUGCGCGUGCAUUUCUGUACGGGGAGGACUUUGAAACUUUUGAAGCUGAAUCGCAGGUUUUGGAUCUUCUGAGCCGCCAGGAAGAAGACUUGAGGCAUUGGAGAAAGAAAGGGCCGGUGGGCAAGCUCCAUAAUACCGUGAAGUUCAUCAGAUCGUCCCAACAAAGAAGCGAGCUGUUCAAGCGGGUCGCGCGUGAGAACGACGAAACGCAAGGUUUCCGAUUGGCUUUUGAGUCAACCGCUGAGCUGGAAGUCAUGAUGGACAACAACACACGGUGGAAUUCCACAUACCUCAUGAUAUCCCGGGCACUUGUCAAGCAGAACGAUCUCAGGGCGUUUAUGGUACAUCCAGACGUGGAAGGGAGCCUACCCCAGGAAGACGUCCUGAGCGCAGAUGAUUGGCGAUUGCUGGGAGAGAUCAACCACAUUCUCGAACCUCUCUAUCUGCAAACUAUGAGGACGCAGGGCUGGGGUAGAGGAGAUGGGCACGGGCGCCUAUGGGAGCUAUUGACCGGUGUCGAAUAUCUGUUGGAGCACCUGGAGGAUUGGAAGAUGUUCUACAACGACGUCACGGAGGACACAAUCCGGGAAAGCAUUGCACAGGUGACUGAACCCGCACAGGAACGUCCAAGUCGCACCCGGCAACGCCCAGCUCGGUUUGACGAUUGUGAGGUGGAUCUGCCUUCGCAGCGACCGCAGGAGAGAGUGGUGCCGGACCACAUUUCUGACACGUACAGGAGGCCAGGCAAGCCGGCAGGUGUAUCUACGACGGCAGAUAUCGGGGGCGAUCACCGUCGCUACCUGAGGCUAUGUAUUAUGAAUGCGUGGCAGAAGCUCAAUGAGUAUUACAUCAAGCUAGGAGAGUCUCCGCUGUUCGCGGCAGCGAUUAUCCUUCAUCCUGGGCUUGGCAUCAGAUACCUAGAGAUAAACUGGGCAACGGAAGAGCAGCUUGUGUGGGUACGAGAUGCCAAGACAGGGCUAUCCAGAUACAUUGACAGGUGGUACCGCCGGCUGAUGCCACAUGGCUCCUACGAGCCAUCUACCGUGGGGCCUGCAACGAUGUCGGCAGCUGUUGACAAGCCGUAUGAAGCGAGUGAUUUCAGACAAUGGGUCAUGAGUAGAACAAGUAAGGCGACAGCAACGGGCAGUGAGCUUGAUAGGUACAUGCGGCUGGAGACUCAGGAGACGGAUGACCCAGUUCAAUUUCCCGGUACUCAGUCAGCUGGCGCUUGA